AUGACACCUGGCCAGGCAGACUGGGUGGACGCAUGUGGAUGACGUCACUGAGCGGGACGGAGCUGCAUCCUCGCCGCACGCCCGCACGGCAGCCGGAAUCAGACAGCGCGGCGCCCAGCUGGACCCGGCCUGGUAAUCAAACGGAGGAAUCUCUGGCUGAUGUGACAGGUAAAUACAAGGAAGCCAUGGUUUACAUUGCUCAGCUUGAUAAAGAAAACCGGAAUCUGGUGUAUGAAGUGGACAAUUUAAAAGACAUCAUUGAAGAAAUGGAGGAAAAAAUAUCAGAGUAUCAUAAAGAACAUGAAAACAACUCAAAGGAGUUUCACAUCCUGCAAAUAACGUUGGAGGAGUUUAAAAAAAGCCUUCACUAUAGGGAUGAACUUUUGCUGAAACAUGGCAUUGUGCCAGAAGAUACUCCCAGCUAUGCUAUUGCACAAGAGAUAAAGGUUGGAAUGAGACAUUUGGUAUCACAAGAAGAUAAAGUACAAAGAUUAGAACCUGCCGGAGAUACAGAACAGGGUCACACAUUUUGACGUCAUUUAUGAUUUAGAUUUCUAAAAUUGUAAGAUUUUAACAAGUUUAUCAUGUCUGGUAUUAUCAAUCAUCUGCUAUGUAUUUCGUGUUACUAGCAAUAUUUUCUACUAUACUCAGUAUUUUCUUCCUAAAUCUAACGUACUGUACAAGUGCAUAGAUUACAGUGAAUUGCCAGUACGUGUGAUAAGGUCACCGUAUACUGUAUUUGGGUAGGCUCUAGAAGUUUAGAAUCACAUUUUUGGUGCCACAGCUGCCUCUGAUUACUGGGCAGAUGCCACAAGAAUGCCUCAAAGCUGUCCUGUGUUUUCAAAUGUGUAAUUCAGGUUUCUCAACUGCUGUACAGAAUAAGAAUUAUAUAUUAUCUAUAUUAUAUUUAGACUCAAUACCUAACCGCACCAUUCUCAAAAUAGUUUUGUUAUAUGCAUUUGUUAUAUUGCUGAUGUAUUGAGCACUUUUAAAUGAUAUUGUACAACACACACACAAAAAAAAAAUCAUAAAGUGUAGUCACAAAAAAAGUUUUGCUUAACUCCUUCACAGCCGAGUUUUGUUUGUUUAAAGUCCUGUGCCCAUUUGUCAGCUUUAGCACUGUUUACUAUCCAACAUUAAUAGCACUAAUUGUUAUAUGAACCCACAGAAAUUAUACCUGUCUCACAUCCCUUCCCCCCCCGCCAGAAGAUGCGUCUUCAAUAAAUACCAUUAAUCUAUUUGCUUUAUAUAAUUUGUUGAAUACAAUUUUACAAAAUAAGCACAAAAAAAAAAUACAUUCCUUUCUUGAACCUGCAACUGAACUAAAAGCACAAGUGUAUUAAACUGUGUGGUUCUUGCAUUAAUACCACUGCAGAAACUAUUUUCUGGUGUACUGUUACUGUCUCAUGAUGACCUGACAAUGACCAUAACUACGGAUGGGGCACACUGACUCCUCCCCUAUGGUAUUCACCACCAAUCAUAUAACUCUCUGAAAUCCUUUGCAUAUUAAAAAAAAAAAAAAAGGUAACUGUUAGGUCUGAUGGGUGCAUAUAUGAAAACAAUAGUAUACAGUAUGUUUUGCCAUCAGUUGAGAGUUUCACAUACAUGUAUCUACAAUCUGUAUAAUUCCACACAACAAAUUUUAAGACAUUAAUUAAAAUUUAUGGAUACUUAGGGGGUAAUUCGAUUGUUCACAGUACAUUUUACUGUGCAAAAAAACAAAUGGGCUUUAUGGCAAUGUUUUUACUGAUGUAUUUAUCGGGCUAUUCAAUAAACGCCCACUAUUUUUGCAGUACAACUUACCCACUAUCAUGGAAUAAACACAGGAUCUGGUAUAUGUUCCCGAAUCAAUUUGUUUUCAUGAUCGCUGCCACAAAAAAAUGGCACUUACUGUUUCGCAGAUUUUGUUUCUCCUCCUCCAGACAGAUGAAACAAAACCCCCUAUAGUGCCGUUAUAGAAUCACCACCUGGAGAUCAAUUUACUGCGGAUAAUUGAAUUCCAUCCUAAAACAGGAAUAAUAACUAAAACAGAUGAAAUGUAUAAAUAAAAAUAGGAUUUUAAUUACCUACCAGUAAAUCCUUUUCUCGUAGUCUGUAGAUGAUACUGGGGUCCACAUUAAUACCAUGGGGUAUAGACGGGUCCACUAGAAGCCAUAGGCACUUUAAGAAAUUGAUAGUGUGAGCUGGCUCCUCCCUCUAUGCCCCUCCUACCAGACUCAGUCUAGGAAACUGUGCCCGAGGAGACGGACAUACUUUGAGAGGAUAUAAAAGGAUAGUGGUGAGAUUCCGAACCAGCACACACAAACUAGAGGAAAGACAAACUAACCAAACAUAAAACCAGGAACAGCAACUGCUGAACCAACAAUACUUAACCAAGUAACAGUGCAGGAAUAAACGAAGCACUGGGCGGGCGCCCAGUUUCCUCUACAGACUACAAGAAAAGAAUUUACCGGUAGGUAAUUAAAAUCUUAUUUUAUCUUACGUCCUAGAGGAUACUGGGGUCCACAUUAGUACCAUGGGGAUGUACCAAAGCUCCUAAACCGGGCGGGAGAGUGCUGAGGUUCCUACAGAACUGAUUGACCAAACUGAAGGUCCUCAGAGGCCAAAGUAUCUUAACAAUUUAAAGUAUACAAUGCUUAGGAACAACUUACUGUAUGUAAAUUCGUGUUUCUACACACAGUACUAAUCUUUAAUAGCAACCAAACAUAUUCUAAUGUAUUAGGCCCUCCCCAAAUGUCAAACUAAGAUAGAGAGGGAGAGGAAAAAAUGAGAAGAGAAGAUAAAGGAAAUAUUAUCAGCUUAAUUUUAAAAAGUAGAGAGACAGCCACUUAAGUGGUACUGAUAUAAAUAGUUAGAGAGAGACACGACUAUACAGCAGGGAAAACACUGUAGAAAACCAAAGUGCACGCACAUUCACCGCUAUACCACCGGCCUCUCACCGGCUGAAUAACGAACAUUGUCCUGGGCUCCACGCAGCACAAUUUAAUCCAUACAGCCGUGAGUGAUCUCUAAUACACUGACAUUCAUAUUUCAGGUUCCUAUCUAAGUGUAUGCACUGAACAUUGCACUGCUCACUUUCCCCUUUGGGGUUAUCAGCAAUUGAACUUUUUAUUUUCUGUUAUAAUUGGUGUCCAAGCUACACGCUGGACGCUCAGUUAUAUUACAUAUCAGUAUUAUUGUUAUGUUUUAAUAUUGUAAUAUACCCCCGGGAGGUUGUUGUAUUUUAUAUUUUUAAUUAAAUGUCUCCAACUA